AUGGACGAAGGAAGAGUUCUAAAUCUGAUUAGAGAAUGGAAUAAAAUACUAUUACCUAAAAAUUUAAUGAACUCUAUUUAAAAUUUAAUUAUGCAAGGCUAAAACCAAUUAUACUAAUAGGUUUAGAAAGAAAUAUUACAUCUACAGGUAGCAGUAAAUUAACUGCAUUUUUAAUUAAUUUAAUAAAUUACUUAUUAAAAUUACAAAAAUAGGAUGAACAUUAUUCAUUAAAAAAUGGCUCCACCAAGAGAAUUACAGGUUAAAAGUUGAGAUCAUUUGUAAUAGUUGGAAUAAGAAGAAUAGGAAUUUAAUUUAAAAAAAGGAAUUGAAAUGAUAAUAGGAACACUAGGUAGAAUUAAUGAUUUUUUAAUGAAAAAAUAGUUAGACUAAUAAUGGUGUUCAUAGAUCGUUUUAGAUGAAGCAAAUAAAAUGAUUGAUUUAAGAUUUGAAUUAGAUGUUAAUUAUUUCUUAGAUUCAAUUACUACUUAAAUGAAAUUGCUGCAGAUAUAGAAGAAAAAUUAGUGUAGGCUGGAGAAAAGUAUGAUGAAAUUGAAAAAUUAGACAAAAGAUUUUUAAGAAACAUCUGGUUUUAUUAUAAUUGGAGAACCAGAAGGAGGCAAUAAAGAUAUUGAAUAAAAAAUAGAAAUGGUUAAGGAAUUUUUAUUAAUCAACUCUAGAAAUUGUUAGCAGAAAAUAUACCGCCAGAAAUAUGGAGUGAUAAUAGAAGCCAAAUAUUUUGAAGUAAUUCUGUAGUUUAUCUUGGAAGCAAAAUCUAAUAAUUAGGAGAAGCUUCAGUUGAUAGUAUUAAAUCAAAAAUGAUUGAUAUUCUAAAAGCUACAGAUUUUGUACCUAGAGAUUACAUUUUUAACGAAUUUAAAUGGUUAUCAAUUUUUAUGCUCCAAAAAAUAUUUAAAUAACAAAUGUUUUUUAAAGGAUUUUAUUAAUAGAACAUGAGAAAUGGUAGAGCAAGAAAAAGAGAUUUAGCUUUGAUAUUUCUAACUAAUUCAAAUUAAGAUCUAUUUUAUGAUCUAAAGAAUAUAUAAUUAAAAGUGGACAAAAUGCUUCAACUUAGAUGGCUUAACAGACCGCCUUAAAUCAAAAACUUGGUUUUGUACAUAAUAAUGUGCCAAGGAAAAAAUAAGUAAUUUUGGCGCAUUGAUAACANAAUAAAAAUAAAAUAAGAAGAUAGAUUGGUAAAUAAUAUAUUCAUUUUAGAAAUAAGCUUCGUGA